AUGUCUCACAAACGACGCAAGACAGAUGUAGCGCCGAACACAUCUACGAACACCCACCCUGACAGCGUCUCCAGGACUACCAGAUCUCACACACGACGCGAGGCAGCGGACAGCGUACGGGUGACAUCCACUCCCCUGGCGUACGACUUUUGGGUCGCUGGCAUAUUGUCAUCAUUCCUGGGUCCAGUCUGUGAGGAGGAUCAUGUGGUGUGGAAUCUUCUCUGCGACUUGUAUGACAGCCCGUGGGACAAAGUGCACACUGCAAAGCCCUCUCAGUGCCAGGAGCUCAGUCGGAACGCGAACCCCGGUGCGCUCCCUCAUCGGGCGCACUGGGCGUGGGUUGAGGCCAACCUGAUUCCGAAGUGA